AUGGAUCCCAUUUAUCUGUCUGCUGAAAUUCAUUCUAUCAACCUAUCAAACACAAAUCCAUUAAUAUUACCAGGAAUAAUUGGAGGACGACACACGCAAAUACUCAUUGAUUCAGGCGCAUCACUAACACUCAUCAAUUCCAAAUUCUUUGAAAAAUUAUCAACAUAUUAUCAGCGACGAGCUCGUCCGCCUCCUCCUCAUCUUUUUCUCCAACCAGCAGACAGAUCACACUUACAAGUAAAAUGCUCAUUAACACUCCCAAUCACUAUAUUAAACUCAAUCCGAAUACAUACUGUACAUGUCGUUCCACAACUCUGGCGAUUCUGUAUAAUAGGUAAUGAUCUCAUUCGAAAACACAAUCUUCAAAUCGACGGUGGUCGACAAUAUGCAUACUUUAAAAAAUACAACCAAAAUAAGCCACCGAAACGAACAAGAGAAGAAAAUAUACACAAUGAUGAAGAAUAUACUCUUCCAUCAAUUGAACGAAUCAAGCUGCCACCUUUUCAUGCAUAUCAUAUUCGAGUUAAACCAAACAGAAUGUUGAAAAGUUCAAAAGAGAUAAAUGAUGAAGAAGAAUAUGAGAUAACAUCAGUCAAAGAAACUCCACGUGUGGCAAACGGAAUCAUCACACCACAACAUGAUAUGAUUCUACAACUGGCGAACAUAACAGAAAGAACGAUAAUGAUUCACAUCAAUCAACCGCUUGCAAAAAUGACGAGAUUAAAUCAAAAUCAACUAACGGGUGUCCCAGGAAUAAUGAGCCUCUCAGUAUUUUGCUGA